AUGCCAUGGCGGCAGCCGACACAGGCCCUCAUGGCCCGGAAGCAGCUCAAGGUGCUCCACGCCCUGGACGUGGCCACCACCCAGCUGUACCACUUCACCGCCAUCAUGAUCGCCGGCAUGGGCUUCUUCACUGACGCCUACGACCUCUUCUCUAUUUCCCUCGUCACCGACCUCCUCGGCCGCAUCUACUACGACGACGCAGUGCUCCCUGUCCCCGUCUCGGCCGCCAUUAACAGCGUCGCCCUCUGCGGCACGGUGCUGGGGCAGCUCUUCUUCGGUUGGCUUGGCGACAAGAUGGGCCGGCGGCACAUCUACGGCGUCACCUUGAAGCUCAUGGUCGUCUGUUCCAUCGCAUCUGGCCUUUCCUUCCACCACUCGCGUGCUAGUAUCGUGGCCACGCUUUGCCUCUUUCGUUUCUGGCUUGGUUUUGGCAUCGGCGGCGACUACCCACUUUCAGCGACCAUCAUGUCCGAGUACGCGAGCAAGAAGACUCGUGGCGCCUUCAUCGCGGCCGUCUUCGCCAUGCAGGGUUUGGGAAAUCUUGCUGCUGCGAUAGUCGCCAUAACCAUCUCACAGCUGUUCAAAAAAUAUGCACCGGGUUAUGAAAAUGACCCCCACUGGUACGCCGACUAUGUGUGGCGCAUCAUUCUGAUGUUAGGCGCCGUCCCUGCGAUCCUAACAUACUACUGGCGCAUGAGAAUGCCCGAAACGGCGCGCUUCACGGCGCUCAUCGCUAAGAACAUCAAGCAAGCCGCGUCAGACAUGACCCUGGUCCUGAACAUCGACAUAACCGCCGAAAACGGAGAAGCAGAUGCGUUGAUCAGGGAGCACGAGUUUGGUUUCUUCACCAUGGAGUUCCUCCGUCUCCACGGCCUACACCUCGUCAGCACCACCUUGUGUUGGUUUAUGCUUGACCUGUCAUUUUACCAGCUCAACCUGUUCAUGAAGGACAUAUGUGCCGACAUUGGCUGGAUUGGUAGCGGGAGCACGAUGACCCCGCUCGAACAGACGUACAAGAUCGCCCGGACGCAGGCUCUCAUCACCGUCGCUGGCACGCUACCAGGCUUCUUCUUUGCUAUCAAGUCCAUGGACAAUCUAGGCCGGGUCAAGAUGCAGCUGGUAGGGUUCACCAUGAUGAGUGUAUUCAUGCUUGGCCUUGCUAUCCCACAAGUGAUAUCUACAAGCAUAUGGUAUUCACACUAUGGGCACAUAUGCUUUGCCGUAAUGUACUCCGCCAUAAUGUUCUUCACAAACUUUGGCCCCAAUACCACCACCUUCAUCCUUCCGGCAGAGAUCUUCCCAGCACGUAUGAGAUCGACAUGCCAUGGCAUCGCCGGUGCUGGCGGAAAGGGUGGUGCGAUCAUCGGCGUGCUUUGGUUCCUAUAUGCCAAAAGGUCUCUCUCAACUACACUCUUCAUGCUAGUUGGUUGCAAUAUAGUUGGUCUGGUGUUCACAUUCACCCUACCAGAAACCAAAUGGAGGUCCCUUGAAGAAGUCACUGGCGAGAGAGAGAAUGAUAAGGAUCAGAGUGGAGUUUCCCUUGUUCGAACACCUCUUUUUUCCGUGUAG